UGGCCUCAUGGACAGAACCGGUGCAAUGUCAAUAGAGUUAUCUGCCCUUUGUUUACGGACCCCACGUGCUUCCGGUUUCAUUUGCGAUCAGUGCGAUGUCAACAUUGGAAGUUGAUCUUUCGUCUCUUGAUGAGGUUGCUUCGUGGUUUGGACAGAAAUUAUCAAGGAAAAGACAGCUAGAGGAUAGUGAUCAUGCCAAUAAGGGCAACUGUAAAAAGUCAAAACAGAUUAACAGCAAUGAAAAUAAAGAAGUAUCAAAGUCAGACAGCUGUUCAAUGGAUUUCCAGUCACCACAGGUCACCACAACAGUAAUACAGAGUACAACACAAAAUAAAGAUGCUUCAUCAUUGUCAGCCUUUAUACAACAGAAAGUGAACAAGAAACUCACCAAAGCCAGUCACAAGAAAAGGGAGGGGGGAUACUUUGUCAAAGGGGUAAAACAUGACCGAACAGAAAGGACAGUAAAAUAUAACAAACAGCCGAGUCCAGAUUCCUCAGAUGAAGAGGAAACGAAGGACACCAUGAUUUCAAAACAAGCAAAGGUUUCCCACACAUCAUCUAAACCUCAGCCAAAAAAGAAGAGGAAAAGGAAACGGAAGAGAAAAUUAACAGAGACAUGACAUAAAGACAUAUUUUAUUUUCUGUAAGAAUCUGAAACAAUUGAACAAUUAUAUUAAACAAAAGAUAGCAAACCUGUGGUAACUGUUAGCUUUUUACAUAGACCACAAAUUAGGAAAGCAUCCUGUUCUAGACUAGUGUAAAAGGAGAUGGGUGAGCAAGGUAUGCAGAAUGUCUGUAUCCUCAGAUAUAUAAAAAUCAUAUUCAAUUUGAAAUUCUUAAUUUUGUAUUUAGAGUGAAGUUCUCAUUAUUGAAAUUUUUGAAAAUAUGAUAAACAAAACUUUUCUGAGGAAAAUUUUCUUGGCAAAAAUUAUACUGUUAUGAAAAAAAAUUAUAUGGUAUUUUUGGGAUUAAAAUCCUAGCAAUAAAAAUCCUGAGGAUCAUUUUUUCCCUUUGAAACUAGCACGCUAACCACUACUCUACGCAACUCCUGAAUAGUGGCAUUUAAAUCAUGUUUGUGAUAUGACCCUUGACUAAUAAUGGACUUCAAGUAUUUCCCAGAAAGGUGUGAUUGUUGUAUCAUAAAAGUGUAUUUUUACGGUUUAGUGGGUCUUUGCUCCAUGUUUCUUGUUAAACAAAAAAUGUAUAUUUUUACCCAAACUUUGCGGAUAACUUUUUAAAAAAAAAUGGAGCGAAGACCCGCUCAUAUUGAAAAAUUGUGUUAUACAUUGUAUUAUGAGAAAAUUAUCCUUUUUGCCCUCUUAAGUGUGUGUAUUCUAUUUCAUAAGCAAAUAAUUUCAAUCUUUGUGAAAUUUUUGCACAUUGUAGAGAUUUUACAUAUAGUAUAUUACUUUAAAUAAUGUUAGAUGAGAUAUCAAAGAAAAUGUUGUUAUAUUUGAGAUUUAAUUUCUCACCUUCAUGUUUGUCGCACUAUAUAGGCAUUUUGCUUGCCUUGUUAAUUCACCCAUGUUAUCAUUUUUCAAUUAUUUCAAUUAUACAGGCCAUAUGGUAAUCAAAAUGUGACACAAAUCUUCAGCCAUCUUUUAGAAUCUAUAAGAUAUACUAGAAAAUUGAUUAUUUUGAACAGAACUAAUGUAAAGAUUCACAGAAGAGUUGCUAUAAAUCAUAAAUCCUUUCCUGACAAAAUCUUUUAUUAAGGGAUUAUUUUUUUGGAGAUGGAUCUACCUUACAUGUAUAUAUACACAGUACAUAGUCAUUGUAUACACAUGAGUUGUAUCUCUGAAGUAUUGAUUAUCUUUGACAGAGUAGGACUUGUAAAGGUCACCAUUAAAUUGCCCAAUGUUAGCUUGAGUCUGAAGUUCAACUUGUGGAACAUAUUUUUUAAGUCAUUAAAUAAAA